AUGAGCUUCAUCAGUGCCCUUGCCAAACGAUCCUUCAGCAGCGCUCAAUUUCGAAAGCCUGUCAUCGCCUUGAUGUCUGGCAGUACUCGUGAAGGAAGUGUCAACACACAGUUGAUCCAUGCCGCGGAAACAGUAGCCAAAGGACUUGGGGCCGAGACCAAGGUUCUUGACCUUGGUAACUACGACAUGCCUGUUUACAAUCAAGACUUGGAGGCCGCCUCAGGUCUUCCGAAAGCUGCACAACAGCUCAAGGCUGAGUUGGAAAGUGCCGAUGGAUGGAUCGUCGCAUCUCCUGAAUACAAUGGCUUUAUCACACCUUUACUCGUGAAUUCGAUUGCUUGGUGCAGCCGUGGAGACCCUGAUGGCGAAAUGUACGCCACAUUCAAGGGCAAAUCUGCCGUUGUUCUAUCUGCUUCUCCUGGAGCCAUGGGAGGAAUGCGAUCCUUGAACCCGAAUAGAGAACUCCUGACUAACUUGGGAGUCAGUGUCCUUCCCGACUCGGUGGCUGUGGGAGGUGCCUUUGGUGCCUUUGACGAUGAAGGGGCCUUGGUUGACGUGGGGCAAAAGGCUAUGCUCGAAGCCGCCGUGGAAAAACUCUUCUACCAAAGUCGGGACGCUGCCAACCGAGAAGCCACUUAUGAGAUGAUAGACGCACAUUUGGUGGGAGAAUAUGGAGAAGCUGGUGUGGUGGCCUAA